AUGACGACGGCGGGCAUCGUACUGACGUGGACGUCUCCGGCGCUGCCGAAACUGCCGCAGCUGACGGCCUCGGAGGCGGCGUGGGUGGGCUCCCUGGCGUCGCUGGGCGCCGCCGUCGGGCCCUGGCUGGGCGGCUGGCUCUCCGACCGCGUGGGCCGUCGCAACACGGUGCUGCUGGCCGAGCUGCCCAUCGCCGCCAGCUGGCUGGCUCUCCUCUUCUGCGAGUUCCAGCCCACGUGGCUGUGCGUCGUGCGCUUCGUGUCCGGCCUCGGCGUCGGACUCAUCUUCGCCGCCAUGCCGGCGUACGCUGCUGAAGUCUCACAGGCGGAAGUGAGGGGAGGCCUGUGCUCGCUGAUCCAGGCGUCCAACACGCUGGGCUUCAUGAUCGACUACUGCGUGGGCCCGUUCGUGUCGUACACGACGCUGGCGCUCAUCGGGCUGUCGUCGCCGCUGGUGGCCGUGGCGUGCUUCGCCUGGAUGCCCGAGUCGCCCUACUACCUGCUGGCUGUGGGGAAGGACGCCGCCGCCGAGAAGGCGCUGAGCUGGCUGCGGGACCCGGACCGCGACAUCAUGUCGGAACUGCGCGAGAUGAAGAAAGCAGUGGAGGACUCCAAGGUGAACGAGGCGUCGGUGUUGGACCUGUUCCGGUCCCGCAGGUGCCGCCGGGCGCUGGCCAUCUCUCUGGGCGUGGUCUGCGCCGAGCAGCUGGCCGGCAUCAACGCGGUGCUCUUCUACACGCAGAGCAUCUUCAUCGCGGCGGGCGGCGCCGUCAGCGACAGGGUGGCUCCAAUCAUCAUCAACGGCAUCAUGCUCGUGGAGGCGUGCAUCGUGCCCUUCCUGGUGGAUCGCGUCGGCCGCAGAUUCCUGCUGAUCUUCUCUUCCAGCGGCAUGUCUUUCGCUCUGCUGUGCCUGGGCGUCUACUUCUACCUCCGUGAGACCGGGAAGUACGUAGGCAACAUCGGAUGGGUUCCCGUUGUCUCCCUGAUUCUCUACAUCGUCGUCUAUACGCCAGGUUACGGCUGUCUUCCUUACACGGUGACUGGCGAAGUAUUCCCGCCGAAUGCAAAGUCCGUGGCGAUGCCAAUGGCCGCUUUCGUGACGUGGUUCACGUCCUUCCUGGUCACCAGAUUCUUCGGGGACAUCGUCGCCGUCGUUGGGAACUACGGCCCGUUUUUCGUCUUCUCCGGGUGUGCACUCCUAGCUUCGUUCUACGUGUACUUCGUGGUGCCCGAAACGAAUGGGAAGACUUUAGAAGAAAUACAGGAUAUGCUCGGCGAGGAAUAAUCGUGACAUACGAAGUGUGGUAACUAUUACCGCUAUGAGAGCCAGAUACCUGCACUGAGAAAUGGAGAGGAAGACGUGUGUUUUGCAUUUUCCCAAAUGUUUGGAUGCAGAAUAAGAAGGUGGCAACACUUCUUAACAUGAUUCGUCUAAGAAUGGUCAUUACGCACAGUGCAUGCAUUAAUGCGUGCAAAAUAGAGAUGCGGCGUUCGCUAUUAAGAAAUUAACUGCUGCGGAUCAUGUGGCUUAUGUCUUUGAAGGUAGAAGGAUCACGCUUUCGUGUGAUCUACAACACAAAAAUACUCAGGGAGCGGUAUAUGUGUUACCAAGUAUGCUCUGUACUUCGUGAAAACUGACGGUGUCCUUUUAAAUAGUGUGAAGAAUUAGAAAAUAGGAGUAGAGGCUAGUCAUCUAACGAUGCAUAAUUCAGUACAUGAGUGCGACAGAGAGAAGAAUCUCGUCUGGGGAUGCUGAGCCACCAUCUCUGGUGUUGACAGAGAGUCCGGAUGUCCGCCUAGACAAGAUGUAUCCAGGCUCCGUCAGAACGAGUAUGGUGGCUAUUGCGAGAACUAGCAAACUGCUGGUAGCACAAACACGCACCACACUUUCGUAGGAGGCAUACUAUACGGUGGAAUAAACAUACGGUCCACCAAAUGGCACUUGUAGAAGGCUACUUCUAGCAAGGGACUCAACUUUAAUCCAUUUUCACAGAAACGACGCUGGCCAGUGGAAGACUUCAAUACAGAAAAUCUGCUGUUUAGAAGUUCGUCACAUAACUGUGCAGGCUGCAGUAUGAAAUAUAGAAUUCGUAACUCUGUGACUAAAUGUGGUGCAAUGUCGCAGCCAUAGAUUCAAUCGUGGAAAGCAAACUUUUUCAUCCUUUGAGAUAUCACACUGUUUUCUCUCUCUUCUAGCGCAGAAAAUGGUAUUACCCUUUUUCGACUGACGUACUUGGGAUUAAGAAUAGUUGUACACUCUACACUAUAGCAUGGCUUUGUUCUUCCGAUUGUACAGAAGCUCCAUCGUGUAACACUGUAUGCAGUGUCAGCAAGUCAUAAUGGAUUUUCUUUUUCCGUAAACAAAUGGUUGUGAUUCCGUUGUGCAUCAAGAUUCUCGAGGAGGUCCACAUGGGAAAUGGGGACAGUUGACCGCCACGUAUACUGCUGCCACGAUUACUGUGUUGGGAAUCGCCCACGGAAUCCAUGCGGUAGGGUGUUAGGGCGCCGCAUUUCAGCAGCUCGGUAAGGGCUGAAUGAGGAAGCUGCAGAAAAAAGAUUGAAGACGUUACUUCGAUGCUGUAAUGUAAAGGACCGUAUCCAUUUCUGACUGCAGAUAAGAACAGCAGUCUCAACAAGGAAUUGUCACAAUUUCCCGCUAAUAGAGUAACAACUCAGAAAACUCAAAAUACAUGAUUUCUAAAGCUGCAGUAUUACUAUUCGCAGCUGUCAACAUAAAAUCUGCAGUUGAGUGGAGUAGCAGAUAGUGGAUGCCAAAUGGGGCUAUGUGCGAGGGCAAUAUUAAGCAUGUAGCCCGAUUUACAUCUCGACAUAGAAGAAUUCAUGAAACAUCACAUUCUUGGAUCUUUUCUUGUGUUUACAGUGACAGCUCAAGACCGUAAGUCUUUCUUUGACGAAGACUCCAAAGGAAAAACAAUGCAGAAUAGUGUGAUCCAGUGAUCCGGGCCGCCAGCUAAAGUUGCCGUAUCCAGAAAUCGCACUUCCUGGAACAUCUCUUCGAAACUGGCACAGUGAACAGUUGCCCAAUUUUGUUGGAACCAUAUGUUAGGCAACAUCCACAGCAAACAAUGGCGGAAGGAGUGUCGAGAAUGUGUCGAUAAGAUUCAACAGUCAGAGCACCGGUACUCUCUUUUUGACUUUCGAAAGAAAAAAAAAGAAAGAAAAGAACGUGGAACACACUAUGGGCAAUUAUUGUACAUCAAAGUCACUUGUUGGCCAAGAAAAUAUAUUCAUGAAAGUGGUUUCUGGCUGGUUCUUUUAUACGGUCAGCCUCGUCUAUUACCAUUAGCUUCUUGUGAAAAUUUGAGUUUUCGAACAGCAUGUGGAAUUAAUUUGCAACCUCUAGUUGAUACAGUUAGUAUUAAACUCUGAACAAGCUGAAUUAUGUGUGUAUGUCAGCCUUUACGCCUUCGUUCACGCAUGAUGUGUUGAUGACAAGCUCUUGACAAUGGCGGCGAGUCAGUUUCUGAGUACUGUUUAUUAGUAACGGACUGACAGUUUAGAAAUUCUGUGGACAGCGAGCUGUGUUUGGACGCCCGAGUUGGAGACGUUGGUUAACAUUGUGCUCAUGAUAUAAUUUCUCUACAUGUCCUUUCAUGAUCUGUUUUGAAGGAACAAUGCGAAUAAUGAAUCUUCAUUUGAAUUUUCUGCGAGCUUCCAUAAGGCAGCAACCGUGAAUGAAAAAUAUUUUCAGAAAUGCUAAAAGUCCUUGUUGUGACAAUCUAUUGGUACCUCAAUCUUGUAGGACACGUCUUAUAUUUUCAACGGAGAGAAAUGUAAGAAAUGUAAAAUAUUUCAGAUAACUGUAGUUAUGUACAUUUGCAGCGCUUCUUACUUUAGAAACACCUGCGAAAAAAUACGUUGUUAUUUCACAUAGUCAAAUUGGAGAUAAAUGUUCUGUAUUUAUUGAAUAAACAUUUUGAUUCAAUAAACGCAGAUCGAUUCCAUACAAUUUGUCUAUGUCAGACAACAACAUCAAUGUGCCACAUCAGGAGAAUGAAGACUAUAAAAAACUUUUGUAAGAUCUGAACAUGGCUAAUUUAGCAGAAACUAGUUAUCAA